AUAUGCCCAUUGCAUUGAUAGGUGUGUACAUGGUCUUGUGCUGACUGCAUUUGUGUAUUAUUAUUACCUCCUAGAAUAAAGUCAUCAAGUCCUCCUGUGCGCUUCAAGUGAAAUGCAGUAAAUUGGAUAUUUUGGAAUACCUUGCUACAUUGUAGUUUCGGGGUUUGGAGAAAGAAAUACAACAAAGAUAUAGACGUGUUUGUUCUGGUUUAAUUUUGGAUUUAGCCAGUCCCGCAGCCAAGUUGGUUUUAACUUUUUUAGUGCGGAUUGCUGCUACAUACCUUUGCUAGUUUCAGAAGUUGGACAAAACAAUACUACGGAGAUGUGGAUGUGCUAGUGUCGGUUUAAGUUUGGAUUUAAUGAUUUAGCCGAAGCAGGACAUGGUUAUAAAAACCUACUAGUUUCACUGCAGAUUGAUGCUUCAUACAGUUGCAAGUAGUUUCAGGAUACCACCGACUCUGGAUAUAGUUCCUGUUUAAUUUGGAUUUAAUCAUUAACCAAAGUGGCUGCAAAAUACUUCUGUUUUGACUGCGGAUUUUUCUUUGCCGACUUUAGUCCCACUUGGAAGUGACAGAUGAAGGUGGUUGAUGAAUCUUAGAAUUUGAGAUCGAGAGACACCGUAACGAAACCCACGAUGCCGAUUCCGACAGGAAGACAGAACCCGUACGUCCAGGAGUCCCCCUACGGACAUCAUGGGGGCCACCAUCCACAAACGAAUGGCCAGAUGGACAGAAGUCACAUACCCAAUGGCUACCCCACUGGCAACGGGCGCCAAAAUGGCGUCCCACACGAAGGACCUUCAAGAGGUGCAAAUAACAACAAUCAUAAGGGUCACUAUGGGGUGUAUGGAGACCCUAGACACUUGGCUGAACAGCCAAGCAGAGACAAGAGAAGACCGGUGUCGUACCCCAACGGUCACCCUCCGCAGGAGUACGACCCCUCCCGUAGGCCUGUCUCCUACCAGCAGGGCCACCAUGAACCCCAACCACACCCACAUGGCCACGCCCAUCAGCAGCAGCCACACCCCAAGCAACAGGCCCAUGUCCCCUCCCACCACCACGCACAGCCGCAGCACAGGUCCAACAGGUUCCCAGUGGAGCAUCUCUACACAUUUGCUAUGGAUAAGAAAGAUGGGGUGGUGUCGGUAGAAGAUGGCAUCCGUAAGCUGAGGAUACUGGACGCCAAGGGGAAGAUCUGGUCGCAGGACGUCAGACUAAUGGUCACAGAGAAGGAAGUGGUGCUGAUGGAUGAAUAUACUCAGGAAACGUUAGAGGUGUUCCCACUGCAGGACAUCGGAGCAGUCUCGGCCGAGUUAAAGCAGUGUAACUACGACAGUCUACUCGUCAUCAUUGUCAGAUAUACCAGCAAGAGAGUUCCAGAGAUGAUGAUGUUCCAGUGCGAACAGAUCUCGGCUCCAGACAUCGCCAGAUCCCUACAGAAGGCGGUCGAUUACCAUACAUCAGGCAAGAAGAAGAAACAACACAGGUCGGAACACUAUGGCAUGGUACCCGGAGGACCGUCCCAACCACAGAUGCAGUCACAGGCCCAGGUCCAUGGGGACGACAGACGGAUGGCCUACGACGCCGACAACAUGUUCAUCCCGCCCCCUCCCGAUGAACCUGCCCCGCCCCCACCCAUCGAUGUCCCUGGGAACGUCAAGAACAAGGUGGCAGCCUUCGCUGCUGCAGCUGCUGCUGCACAAGGUUAUCUUGAUCAUAGAGUAUCACGAACUAGAAUUUCAAAUGGGAAUGGUAUCUCACCAAGGGGGUUCCAGUCUCCUAAAUCAGCUCCAGUAAGGUCAGCAGAGUCAGAGGAACCUAUUGAGUUGCUUGCUAUGAGGACAGAGAGAGAUGUGGAAAUUCUAAAUCACUGCUUCGAUGACAUUGAGGCAUUCAUCGGCAGACUACAGAAAGCUGCCGAGGCAUACACAGAGCUAAGCCGGAGACGUCAGACCAGGAAGAAUCGUCGGAGGGAACAUGGUGAUGGUCUCUUAUUGGCUAGGUCAAGACCCCCUACGGAUGGGGAAUAUAUUGAGUGCUUCCAAAAGUUCAAAUACUGUUUCAAUUUACUGGCAAAGCUGAAAGCCCACAUCCACGACCCCAACGCCCCCGAGCUGGUCCACUUCCUCUUCGUCCCCCUGAAGCUGAUCAUCCAGAGUUGUCAAGGUCCAGAACUCGCUGCCAGCGUGGUCUCUCCCCUUCUGAGCCCCCAGGCGGUGGACCUCCUACAGAACUGCCUCACGUCUCGAGAGAAUGAGCUUUGGAUGUCUCUUGGCAGGGCUUGGACCUUACCAUCAACCGAAUGGCCCAAGGAUCGCCCCGUCUCCCGCUACGUCCCGCGCUUCCGCGAUGGAUGGACACCGAGACCUAUCACUGAACCCCAGACUCAUCAAGACUUCAAUACCAGCGUGCUGGUCAACAAUGCGUCAGUUGCCGCCAGUGCUGCUGCAGUGGCUCGGGAGUCGCCAAGGAGGCUCUCUGAGAGGAGCGAUCAAGCGGACGGCCCGGUUUUCGGCCACAACCAUCAAAGGCAACCUUCCAACGAUAGCGGACACAUCGCUAACGGGCCGAUCAUCCAUAGCAACGGGCCCAAUGCCCACUCAAAUGGACCCAGUACUCACACGAACGGUCCAGCUACUCACACAAACGGGCCCAUCGGUCACUCACAUGGACCUUCCAUCCAUGCUAAUGGGAACGGUUACCAUCAGCGACAGACCUCGGACCCAUUGGCCCAUAGUCCUAGGACUUCAGCAGUUCCUACCCCUCCCCCUCCAGCUCCGAAGCCAGUAUCCAGCCCCACCCCUACCCGCCCUGGGGCCAAGAUGGCGACCGCCAUCUUUGAUUUCGUCGCACGCAACUUCAAAGAGCUGACCAUUAUGGCAGAUGAACAACUUGAGGUGUUAAAUGACCAACGUAAGUGGUGGGAGGUCAGGAAUACCUCAGGCCAGUCUGGUUACGUUCCCUCAACGCUCCUCAAGAUUACCUCACCCUCUCCAAACACCAACACCAACUCAAAUCACGUCCCAGAGCCGCCAAACACGCUACCGCCCCCUCCUCCAUCUAUGUCAACGUUUGGAGCCCCGCCCCCUCCUCCACCACCACCCCCAGCCGACGGGUCAGGUAGACCAAAUUCAACUCAAAAAGCAAAUGGUAUGGACUUUGCCACGCAGCUCCAAAACACAUUAAAGAACAAACAGUUAAGACCAUCAAAGACACAGGACAGAGCAUUGUCAUCUAGCAGUCAGUACGACACCCUCCAGGAAGAGCUCAAGAAUCGCGUCAGCAACGGAGGAAAGGCAAAGAAUUACCGCAUUCCAAGGCGAAGUAUCAGCGAUGUCUCCCUGACGUACGAUUCUGGUCGGGACGAUGUGAAGAGAUGGCUUGAAUCCAAAGGUUUCAGUCCCAUGACUGUGCACAGUCUUGGAAUCUUGAAUGGUGCCCAGUUGUUCAGCCUUACCAAGGAAGAACUGCAGCAGGUUUGUCACGACGAUGGCUCCAGGGUAUACUCCCAGCUCAUGAUCCAGAAAGCUGCUCUACAGGAGGAGCAAAACGGAAAGUCUGAGCUCGACGCCAUUAUGAUGCAACGUAAAUCACGGGUCCUCGACGAGACCCUUCCCCCGCCCGAUUUCAUCCCGGAAACGCCUCCGGUUUUCGAUUCACCUACAGAGGGGCCCCCAGAUGUCCCAUGGUGAAGUAACCUGGAACCUAUCACAACGCUUUUAGAGCCUUUUUGUGCUAACAUUCUUGUCUGCUCAUCUUGGAUUCAUAAGGCCGUUAAAAUCAGUUCAUACCGUACUGCAUGUGCAAGAGCUGCCAUAUGUCUGCAUGUCAUUAUACAAUGUUGCCUACUAGAGCCAAAUAUUUCUAUACAAACCUUAUGGGAAUUACAGAAUUCCAUUAUCUGCUGGUUAAAUUUCCAUUGCUUUUGCUUCAUUUAUUUUUUUGCUUGCUCAUACUGGUUCGAGUGGCACUCCAAUGCUGCAGAGGUCAAGUCAACUAUGAUUUUUUUUUCCCAUAGGAUUUCACUUUUACCAUUGCAAGGUUAUGAACAAGAAUGCCUCAGUGCUCUCAUUAACAGCAGUGUAUGUAUGCUAAUGGUUUUAUAUUGAAGUUCAGCUAUCAUCCGCUUUUAUAGCUAGUAUGUUUCAGUUGGCUGAUCCCAGAGUUUUUGGAACUGGUAAUAACUGGCAAAAAGUAAGUCAGUGGGGCACAGCUAACUCGCUGACCCUUUAUAGACGUUCUUUGCAAGGGAAACUGAUAUAUGAUUUUACUAUCAGGCAUGUAUGGGAUAUAAAGCACCUGUUUCAUAGUAUGCCUAUGCAUCUGAAUGUUUUCAAAUUACCCAUUGAAGCUGAAGAUUUCACAACUUCCACUUACGGCUAUCAUUUAUAUUUAGACUACAUUAUAUUCAUAAAGCUUUGCCUGUUUGCUCCUCAUGGCUAUAUCAUGGUUCUUUUUUUUUUAUGUGGGCCAAGGUCCAUGACCGCAAUUAUAACAUGGAAUUUGCCAAGAACACAUACACCAACAGAUAAGUUUGAUACUUUAACCAUGAGGACAGUAUUCCACUUUUAGGCAGCACUCUACACAUUGUCUUAAUUUUUCCAAUUGCUGUACACAUAUGUCCAUCACUUUAAAUAGUUCCCAUUCAUGAAAUAAAUUUUGAUUUUGAUUCCUGAACUUGAACGUUAUUAAAAGAAGUAGAGAUAUAGGUGUUCAUAACAAUAUAAUUUAUAGGAAGAUUUUUAUACUUCUAUAUUGCUGUAGAUAAAUCACUAUUUUUGUAUAUAUAUAUAUAUGCAGUAUAUUCCUAACUGUAUUUCUCAGUGUUACUUGCAUAAGUUUGGAUCAUGUCCAGUUUGGUUUUAAAUUUCAUCUUGAAAUAAAUGAGCACAAAUUAAAAUUUGUGAAAAGUAUAUGUCUGUGAGGAUUGAAUGUUUAUGUCUUUUAAUGAUUUAGUAUAUUAAAUGAAAUAAGGAAAGGUUUUGCCAGGCUGAGAAAUUAACCACAUAUUAAAAUGAAAUAGAUCGAAGACAAAAGCCAAUAUAAAUAUAUAAUGAAUGAAAAACAAAACCCCAAGGUCAAUAAAUGAACAAAACAUAACUCAUGUUUUUGUGACAUGGGCCUGCUUUAGUUUUUAAUUGAUCAUUCUAUCUGUUGCAUAGAGGUAAAACAGUACUCUAGAUUUGUAUUCCAUUGCUCAUGUAGUCCCAUAUUAUUCAUUCCGAUGUGAGAUUUUUUAUCCUAGUACUAAAUGUGAACUACAGUUAUAUUGUAUUCAUUCCAAUAUAGCGAUAACUAUAUGUAACUUCAUGUCUGAAGCUGUAUUCCAAUACGUUGUUUCCAAAAGGAAACUCAUACUUAUAUAUUAGAAUCAUUUAUAUUUGAAAAUUGCAGAGGGUUUCCCCCCUUUCAAUUUGUAUUCAAGAUUAAUGUGUAUAUUUUGUUCCAUUUUGCUAAUCGCAAAACAAUGCUUUAUAAAUGCUACUUUGACAUGUGUAUAUUAUAUAUUUUAACAGUAGUAUUCAAUUAUUGUAGAAAUUUGACUUGUAAAUUUGGAAUAUAGAGCUAUUUUAAAUGGUUGUAAUGAAAUGGUGCAUUUAUAAAGCAAACAGGUAUAAUUAUAAUAUCCAUAUUGUACUGUGAAUUUCCACGUAAUAUGCAUAGAGGAGGGAAGUUUAUAUUUUGAUACAUUACCCAAUGUACAUACAAAUGACAGUAGAGAUCACAAGUGUAAAUAUAUGAAUGAAUGUAUAAUGUAAUUGAUGCCUUUGAUCCAGGGUGGAAAUGUAUUAACAAAGUAUAUAUUAUCAAUGAUUGUUAGAUUGUUAUGCAUACAUUAUCAAUGUAUACCAGUAUUCUAUGUGUUUUGUAUAAUUGGGGUUUAUACAGGAAAUAUUCGAUAGGGAAAGCGUGUCUUUUGCGGGGUUUCGUGAAGUGCAGCUGUGCAAAUCGAGGAUGACCAAAGAGAUCGUUAAUUCACCUUGGCAAAAGUCGUAGCGACUUCUUCAACAUUGAGUCAUACUAAAUGCUUGUUUUACAGGGACUUUCCACCAUUCCCCGUUGUUUUGUCUAUGCUGAUAUUCUAAGAGAAGUGUGGAAAAGAUGCCAAGUAUUAUUCAUCCACAAAUACCUGACUGAGACUUAUGUGAUUAAUUGACUUUUCAUACAUGUGUCAGCAAGCGCUGGCUCCCCUUUACAUGCAAAACUUUGCACAAUAACACAUGAUGUACAAAGACCUUAUUGAGGGCCAAUUUCUCUUGCAUGUUAAAAGGUGAAGUUACUCAUCCCUCAAUUCAGUGGCAUACAGAAUUUUUUACGACCAAGAAAAAAAAGAGAAAAGGAAAGAAGGGUGAAAUAUUUUAUUUUUUAAUAUUAUGUCAAAAUCUAAUUACACAAUUGGAUAUUUGUAAUAAAAAUUUCAAAAAAUUUUGCUCGCUCACACCUUUUUGAUAAAUUUUGCCCGAUGCGCCUCA